AUGGAUCAGUUCCCCACCCAGUAUGAUCUCGCCCCGGCCCCGUACGGCCGCGCCUGCAUGAAUUGUUCGCAGUCUAAAUGCAAAUGCAUCCUACCCAAAGGGGGUGGGCGAUGCCAGAGGUGUCAACGCCUGAAUAAAGAAUGUCGGCAAUCGGCUUUCCAUCGACGGCAAAAUGCGCGCAAGUCCUCGCUGUCCAAGACAGGGCGGUUGGAGAAGAAGCUCGAUGAUUUGGUGACGCUGCUUCGCGCGCAGUCUUCUAACAAUGCGGGGGAUUAUGCUGAGUUGAUUGAGGAGCUGCGACGAGAGCCGGAUGAAGACCAUCAUCAUCCACCACCGCCACGCUCCCAGAUCAAGGUUACUCGGACAGUCUCGACGGCGGAGAAAUCCAUCGACUGCGGUACAGCAGAGCCGACCUUGUCACAAGCUGAAGAGUACCUGAGCAUCUUUGUCACUCAGAAACUACCCUAUCUGCCAUUCGUGUAUUUCCCACCAGGAACAACAGCACAGCAGCUACGUAGUGACCGGCCGUUCCUCUGGCUAUGCAUCAUGGCAGUCACGUCGAAGAGCCCGAGUCAGCGACGUACACUUUGUGAUAGAAUCCGCGAGACUGUAGCUCAGCGCAUGGUUCAUGACUGCUACGGUCGCGAUCUCGACUUCCUCCUAGGUCUCCUGGUAUAUAUAGCCUGGUCCAACCAGCAACUAUUCAAGAAGCUCAACAUGACCAUCUACAGCCAAUUCGCCACAGCCGUAGUCUUCGACCUCAUGCUCAACCAAGCCCCCGGCGGAGACAAACCAUCACUCCUGAGUAUACUUCAAACUCACCCAGACGAGGAUCCCUCCCCAGCGCCAGCCCGAACAAUGGACGAGAGACGCGCCGUGCUAGGCUGUUUCCUCCUAACCUCCAGCAUCUCCCUCUUCCUCGAGAAAAGCGACCCCCUCCGCUGGACCCCUCACAUGGACGAAUGCCUACACCAUCUCCUCGAACACCCAGAAUGUCUAAACGACGAGAUCCUCGCCCAACAAGCGCGCUUCCAACUCAUCAAUGAGAGAAUCAACACCACCACCACCACAGACCCCUACCACACCUCCCUCCCAUCCUUCAUCUCACCACCCCUCUCAAUCUACACCCACACCCUCACCACCCACCUCCACCAAACCCAAAACAAACUCACCCCCAAUUCCCAACGCCACCGAAUCCUCCACCUCCACCACUCCAACACACACCUCACCAUCCACGAAUCCGCCCUCCUAAAACAACCCCCUAGCCUUAGUACCACUACCAACCAGCUCCACCACCUCGAAUCCCUCCACGCCUGCCUCUCCGCAACAUCCACCUGGCUCACCACCUUCCUCGCAAUCCCACCAGCCGAAUACGCAGGCUUUCCCUUUCCGAUCUUCUCGCAGCUCGUGCGACACCUAGCAGCCCUAUAUCGGCUCUCUACGCUGGAUGAUGAUGAUGAACCGGCCUGGGACCGGGGGCAUGUACGGCAAACGGUUGAUUUGAUGGAAGUCAUGGAUCGGUUGAUUGGGAAUUUGGGCCAGGCGGCUGCGUUGGCGAGACUCGAGGCGCAGGGUGAGGAUGAGGAUGAAGAUGUGUUUUUUUAUUCGAUUGGGAAGUAUGAGUCGGUUAGGUUGAAGUGGGGGGGUGUUUUUGGGGGUGGGGUGGAGGGGCAGGGGCAGGGGCGUGGGCAGGGGCAGGGGGUGCAGGAUGGUAGUGCUAAUGGGCUGGAUCAGGGACAUGGACAGGUGCAGGAGAUGGGGGGUUUGGAGGUCGGGUAUGAUUAUGAUUGGUUGGGGGAGUUUUUGAAUUCGAUGGUGCAUUGA